AUGGAAUCAGGGCCUGCACAAGCAUGGCCGCCAAGGACGCAAGGCGAGGCAAGCCCCGAGCUCAAGGCCAGAGAAGACCCGCCGGUUCGCCGGAACCAAGGGUCACUCACCUUGAGCCAUGCUUCUUCGGGCAAGCUCCGGGAAGCCGGAGCGGGUCAAGAGAGGACAAGCAUCAACUCGAGCGGGACGAGCACCAAAAGUGGUGGCAAUGGUGGUAACUCUCCAGCUCCGCCGGUUUCGGUUUCAACCGUACCUGUCCAAAAGGUGCCUCGCCAGCGGAGUCCAUGGAAGGUAAUGCUGGCACGGAUAUCGAGACUAUGUGGGAUCCUCGUGGAUCACAAGAUCUUCGUUUUCGUCAGCACUCUUAUCACUGUGUGGGCACUGAUGGGUGAUGACCUGAAGCUGCUCUGCACGAACAAACCCGUCGACGAUAUCUUCGACGGUUUAGUUGUCUUCUGCAUCGUUUUUUUCUCUCUGGAAUGUCUCGCGUCGUGUUUAGGGAAAGACGACUAUUUUGGCAGCUUCUUCUUCAUCCUGGACGUGAUCUCCACCGGAACUUUGUUCAUGGAUCUCACCACCGUGAGCUGGACGCGUUUGGGAACAGGGUUCAUCGAAGACCAGCUAAGCCAAGGGCAUGCGAGCUGCAAAGGGUGGCAAGGUUAUUUGUACAGCUCGGAAACCUUAAAGAGCAGGUACUGUUCAUCGACACCAGAAUAA